GAGGGGCGGUGUUAGAGAGGCGUGUAGCCUCCUCAGCCUCACCACUGGAGGACUCCACAGCCAAAACUAACCAAUGACAGCGAACGGGGAUAAAUUCAACAAUACAAAGGAUAAAAUCUGUGCUUUUUCUCUUGCUUUCAUCAUUUCCCUGGUGUGUUGUUUUGACUGGCAUUCACUGGUUCGCUACUUGCUUGUUUCCCCUCCAUCCUCCCAUCCUCACGUGUCACCCGGAAAUGAGUGUGAGGGGCGGUGCAGUGCAGCUGUCACAGACGGGACGAGCGGGAGGAUAAAUCAAGCGUCCCGGAGCUGAUCUGGUCAGUCUCUAUUUUGGCGAAGGACAACGACCUCAAACACACAGUACAGUGUGAUGCCACCAAAGAAAAGAUCCAGAGUGGGAGGUAAAGCAGGGAGCUCAGGGGAGGACGGCCAGCACAAAUCGAGCUCCGUCGCUGGUAAAAAGAGGAAAUCUGAGGAGAGCUCACCGGAUCCUCCACAGUACGCUCGCUGGCUGAUGAAGUCUGAACCCGAGAGCCGCUUUGAAAACGGCAUCGAUGUGAAGUUCGGCAUCGAGGACCUGAAGGCUCUGCCUGAGCAGACGAGCUGCUGGGACGGAGUGCGCAACUACCAGGCGCGCAAUUUCAUGAGGCAGAUGAAAGAGGGGCAGCUGGCUUUCUUUUACCACAGCAACUGCAAGGAGCCAGGCAUCGCCGGACUCAUGAAGAUUGUUAAAGAAGCCUAUGUGGACCACACACAGUUCGACAAGAAAGACGUUCAUUAUGACGCCAGCAGCAAACCCGACAACCCGAAGUGGAGCAUGGUAGACGUUCAGUACCAGAGGAUGAUGAAGAGGUUUCUCCCUCUGUCGGAGCUGAAGAGCCUCCACCUGCAGCACCGCGCUGAAGGAGGCCCUCUGAAGGACGUGGCGCUCUUCACCAGGGCGCGGCUCUCCGUGCAGCCGCUCACCGCCGAGGAGUUUGACUUCAUCCUGAGUCUGGAGGACGAAGAGCCGCUGUGAGGAGCUGUUUCCUGACGCAGUGAAGCCGUCGGUUCAGUUAUUGAGCGACGCGCCGUAAACUUUCCGUCAUUAAACUUGUUUGUGUGGAGUUAUUGUGGCUUUGUGGACGGGUGACUUCACAAACUGAACGCAUGGCGCGCACACACAUUGGUUUAAUCUGAUGUUUUUUUGUUUUAUCUUUAUUCCCGAGAGUUAGUAGUUCUAUUUUAGUAAAUUUCACAUUUCCAUGCACUUUGUGUCUCCUCUGUCAUGUUGGUUAAAGCUGAACUGUGACCCCAGAGUACCUUAUAGCCUUCUUUUAUGGCUUUUUCUUUUUCCAAAGAUGUGUCUGUUAUGAACAGAGACCACGUUCCAGUGUCUGACUCCACUUCCUAACUUCUGCUCUCAGAUUAGAACACCUUCACACUCUGCGCUCCAUAAAUUUCCAUAAUAAGGUCGCUGCUCGCUGCCCGGUGAUGAUGAGGUGAACAGAAACAUUAAAAGACGUCCGACAUCUUAAAUGUGUCGCACUGCGGUUUGCAGUGUUACUAAUACCUGAGAGAAUAAAAUAUCACAAGACAACAAAGUCUCUUGUACAGCUGCAUUUUAGCCUUUCUAAAUAACAGAUUUGUUGACCACUUUGUAUUAGAUAAACAAAGACCUUCAGCUUGUGUCCUCAGACUUCACGGAGACGUCUGCACACUGCUGGCCAGCUCACCGGUUGAAGUGACUUCAAUAAAUAUGAAGGAUCGCUGUUUGCAUGACUUGUGAUGAGGAAAGAAUGUAAUAGUUGAGGCAGUUGACCAGAAAAAAGUCUGCUAUGGUCGAUGAAACUGUCACAUUAUUACUCUUUUUUUUUGGAACCUCUAGUCUGUAAUAUUAAAGGUGACAUCCGUCCAUCGCCCAUAAAUAUUUUAUGAAAGUUAUGAUGAGCUGCAGCCGAUCCCAGCUGACAGGGAGAAAAAGGCAGGUUACAACCUGGACAGGCUGCCUGCCUGCAGAAGAAACCUCCAGAAGAACAGGAGAGAACAUGCAAACUCCACGCCAAAAGGGCAGGAAUCCAGGAUAGAAGCACAAGUUUAGCAGGAGAUGGAGAAAUUUCAGUGGUUUUAUUCAAGAUAUUCUUUCAGCUGCAAAUCCUGCAUGUUAUGAUUUUACACGAAGGUCGCCUGGAUCCAUUCAUUCAUUUAUUCUGAUGCAGCCUUUCAUUUUCAUCUGUUGUGUUUUCAUCAGGUUCGUCAAAUACAUUUUAGUUCAGGGGCCAAGUACAGCUCAGUAUCAGUAAAACUGUUAUUCAAACCUUUAAAAGUUUUUCUUUGUUCUGGAGCAGAGUAUAGGACGAAAACGUCUACCUUGUGGUCCAUGGGCCUUAUGUUUGACAUAACUGGUCUAAAAGAGCUGCCACGUCAUCGGAGAAGAGGAAAAGACACGAGACAAGAGGGUCUUGGAAGACAAUGAUCUGCUGUGAUGAAACGUUGAAAGACAAUGUCUUCAUUUAGUCUGAAAAACUUAAAACUUUCCCACAUAAGAAACAGAAACGCUGAAUUGCAGCUGAUCUUAUUUUGUUUGACUUCCUGUCACUUCGUUUCAAUGAUCUGGACAUCCAUGUGUCUCACUUGAAGUUCUCUAAUGUGU